CCCGCCGAGGGCCUGUCCCGCGGGCGCCUCCUCCCGGCCGGGCGGCAGGGCAUCCCCCUCCUGGCCCCGCCCCGGGCCCCGGCCCCGCCUCCGCGGCCUCGGAGCCACCCGCGCCCGCCCCGGCGAUCCUGCCCCGCCCCACCCCGCCCCGCGCCGCCCCGCGCCGGCUCCGCGGCUCCGCAGCUCACGACCGCCCGCCCGCCGGCCCGCCCGGCGCCGGGCAAUGGCGCUGCUGCGGGACGUGUCGCUGCAGGAUCCGCGCGACCGCUUCGAGCUGCUGCAGCGUGUGGGGGCCGGGACCUAUGGCGACGUCUACAAGGCCCGCGACACGGUCACGUCCGAACUGGCCGCGGUCAAGAUAGUCAAGCUAGACCCAGGGGACGACACCAGCUCCCUCCAGCAGGAAAUCACCAUCCUGCGUGAGUGCCGUCACCCCAAUGUGGUGGCCUACAUUGGCAGCUACCUCAGGAAUGACCGAUUGUGGAUCUGCAUGGAGUUCUGCGGAGGGGGGUCCCUGCAGGAGAUUUACCACGCCACUGGGCCCCUGGAGGAACGGCAGAUUGCCUAUGUCUGCCGAGAGGCACUGAAGGUAGCUGGGCCCUUACGACUGUUCACACCCCCAGUCCCCAGGAGCUGUGGUCAGGGAGCCCAGCUGGCCUGGCCAGGGCUGCACCACUUACAUUCUCAGGGGAAGAUCCACAGAGACAUCAAGGGAGCCAAUCUUCUCCUCACCCUCCAGGGAGAUGUCAAGCUGGCUGACUUUGGGGUGUCAGGUGAGCUGACGGCAUCUGUGGCUAAGAGGAGGUCUUUCAUUGGGACUCCAUACUGGAUGGCCCCAGAGGUGGCCGCUGUGGAACGCAAAGGAGGCUACAACGAGCUCUGUGACGUCUGGGCCCUGGGCAUCACCGCCAUCGAGCUGGGCGAGCUGCAGCCCCCUCUAUUCCACCUGCACCCCAUGAGGGCCUUGAUGCUCAUGUCGAAGAGUAGCUUCCAGCCGCCCAGGCUGAGAGAUAAGACUCGCUGGACCCAGAAUUUCCACCACUUCCUCAAGCUGGCCUUGACCAAGAAUCCCAAGAAGAGGCCGACAGCAGAGAAGCUUCUGCAGCAUCCAUUCACAACCCAGCACCUCCCUCGGGCUCUCCUCACACAGCUGUUGGACAAAGCCAAUGACCCCCACCUGGGAACCCCCUCCCCAGAGGACUGUGACCUGGAGACUUACGACAUGUUUCCAGACACCAUUCACUCCCGGGGGCAGCACGGCCCGGCCGAGAGGACCCCCUCGGAGAUCCAGUUUCACCAGGUGAAAUUUGGCGCCCCACGCAGGAAGGAAACAGACCCACUAAAUGAGCUGUGGGAGGAGGAGUGGACACUGCUGGGAAAGGAGGAGCUGAGUGGGAGCCUGCUACAGUCUGUUGAGGAGGCCCUAGAGGAAAGGAGCCUGACCAUCCGGCCAGCCUCAGAACUCCAGGAGCUGGACUCCCCAGACGAUACCAUAGGAACCAUCAAGCGGGUCCCAUUCUUGGGGCCAUCCCCCGCUGAGCCUCCAGCUGAAGACCCUCUAUCCAGCCCCCUAGGAACCCCACCUCCACCUCCCCCAGGCCCUAACAGCCCCCCACUGCUCCCCACUGCCUGGGCCACCAUGAAGCACAGGGAGGAUCCUGAGAGAUCGUCCUGCCAUGGGCUUCCCCCAACCCCCAAGGUGCAUAUGGGUGCCUGCUUCUCCAAGGUCUUCAAUGGCUGCCCCCUGCGGAUCCACGCUGCUGUCACCUGGAUUCACCCUGUCACCCGGGACCAGUUCCUGGUGGUGGGGGCCGAGGAAGGCAUCUACACCCUCAACCUGCAUGAACUGCAUGAAGAUACACUGGAGAAGCUGAUUUCACACCGCUGCACCUGGCUCUACUGCGUGAAUAAUGUGUUGCUGUCGCUCUCAGGGAAAUCCACGCACAUCUGGGCCCAUGACCUCCCAGGCCUGUUUGAGCAGCGAAGACUCCAGCAACAGGUUCCCCUCUCUCUCCCCACCAACCGCCUCACGCAGCGCAUCAUCCCCAGGCGCUUUGCCCUGUCCGCCAAGAUUCCAGACACCAAAGGCUGCCUGCAGUGUCGUGUGGUGCGGAACCCCUACACGGGCAGCACCUUCCUGCUGGCUGCCCUGCCCACCAGCCUGCUCCUGCUGCAGUGGUAUGAGCCGCUGCAGAAGUUCCUGCUGCUGAAGAACUUCUCCAGCCCCUUGCCCAGCCCCGCGGGGAUGCUGGAGCCCCUGGUGCUGGAUGGGAAGGAGCUGCCGCAGGUGUGUGUGGGGGCGGAGGGCCCCGAGGGGCCCGGCUGCCGAGUCCUGUUCCACAUCCUGCCCCUGGAGGCUGGUCUGAUGCCUGAUGUCCUCAUACCGCCUGAGGGGCUCCCGGGCACCGCCCAGCAGGUGAUCCAGGUGGACAGGGACACAGUCCUAGUCUGCUUUGACCGCUGCGUGAGGAUGGUCAACCUGCUGGGUGAGCCCACGGCCACACUGGCGCCCGUGCUGACCUUUGACUUCCCCAUUGAGACUGUGGUGUGUCUGCAAGACAGUGUGCUGGCCUUCUGGAGCCAUGGGAUGCAAGGCCGUAGCUUGGACACCAACGAGUGCCCCUUUUCUUCCCAGGUGACCCAGGAGAUCACAGACGAGACAAGGAUCUUCCGAGUGCUUGGGGCCCACAGGGAUAUCAUCCUCGAGAGCAUUCCCACUGACAACCCAGGGGCUCACAGCAACCUCUACAUCCUCACGGGCCACCAGAGCAGUUACUGAGAGGGCCGGGCAUGGCCGGGGGCAUCCCCUCUACCCUGCCCCCAGGCCUUAGCUGCAUUCCCUUUUAGGCAAAAGGGGCCCCUCCCAGGUCAGAGGAGCCCAGGCUCUGCUGGUCUGAAGGGCAGAAAUAAUCCUGAGAAGAGUUUUGCGGGCUGGGGGUGGGGGGAAGCCCACCCCAGGCCCCCCACAAAACUGGACCAGAGGAAGCUGCUGUUACCUCCCCCUUCCCUGUGGGCAGCUCAGGCCCUGCGGCAAGGGUCCCCGGGCAGGGUGGGGGCAGGCCCAGGUGACCCAUUCCAUUUUGUCUCCACAUCCUUUCCAUUCUUCCUGCCAAGAGCCUGCCCCUGCACCCUGUCCUGGGGAAUAUGGUAUUUAAAAGAGAGACUAUAUUGGUAUUAAAGCUGGUUUGAUUUUACUCCACUGAUCCCUCUUUGUCCGGGGGAGCUGAGCCCACUGUCUCAUCUCCCUCCUUCUUCCCUCCCUCCCUCCAGCACAUCUCUCUGUGGCACCAGGGAAGGGGGCCCCCCAGUGUUCUGGUGACUCCCUAAUGGGGGAGCCCGGCAGAGCUGAUGGAGAGGCCAGUGGCCCCCAAAAGGCAUCUCAGGGGCACUGUCUUCCCGGGCUCUCCUGCUCAGGAUGAGCCCUCAGCUUUGAAGUGUGAGGCCUCUUUUGUGGCCGAGAAACCAUGCAAAUGGGGGGGGGAGGCCAAGCUGAACAAAGGGACUCUCAUCCAGGGCACCCCUGCCCCGUUCAGGGUCUCACCAGGCAGCCAGGGCCCAGGAAGGGCCAGCCACUGGCUGCGCCACCCAGUGCCAGCGAGGCUUUGGUCUGUGGACACAGCCUGCUAUGACCUGUGUCCCCUGCCCAAGCCUGGGGCUGCAUCCCUGCCUCCCAGCUGCUGCCUAGGUAUCAGCGUGCUCCAUCAGGCCAAGACUGCAGAGUAUGGGCUCCGUCAUCAGGCUAGACUCUGGGAAGAUUAGCCCGUGUCCAUUUAACAAGUAUUCCCAGACAGCCUCCUCAGUGCCAGACCCUGGGCUCACAGAGAGGUCAGUACCAAGAUGUGGACCAGCCCCCAGUGAAGGCAGCGAUCCUUGCUGGAGCCUGCAUCUCGAGGGUACGUCUGUCUGCCCGUGGCUGACCUUUUGCUUUGCAUUGUCAUUCUUGCACUUUUCCCUCUUAGAGGGCUCCAUAUCCUCAGGCCAGGAAGCCCCCCCCUCCAUUGCCCCAGGCACUGACCAGGCUGCUCUGGACCGGAGCCUUUGGGCAGGUGAGGCCAAAGAGGUAGGAUGACCGCUAGCCUUGAAGGAGAGGUCAGGUGCACACACACGGCUGCAUAGGGUGGGAAGGCCCUGGGUCUGGGGGAAGAGCUUGAGCAAAGGCCCAGGGGUCAGGUCUCGAAUGUGGCCCAGUUAUCUUUCUUCUGAUAUUCAAGGCAACUGUUUGAAUUAAGAAUUUCUCUCCACCUGGUGGGUUGCUGGUAUUUGAUAAAUGGAUGCAAGUGGGUGGGUGGGUGGUGGAGAGAUGGCAGCUUAGGUGAAGAGCCUGCAGCGGCCCAGUCCCCACUGCCCCUGCCAGGGGCCCCGGCCAUCCCAGGUUCUUCUGUUGUCCUCUUGUCCACCCCCCCACCCCACCCCCACAGAGCCCUGACUGCUCUGACUCCUAGGGUUUUUUGGCUGAAAUAGAUUGUCAGACGGGGAGGGAGACAGAGCUGUACAUUGGCACUCACACCUGCCCUCUCCCUGAGACCCAAAGGAGGGUGGCAGGCACCUCCCAAGUUCUCAAAGUCUGCACCUGCCUGGAGGACGUUGGAUGGACCAAAUGGUGGAGUGACAUGAUAUGAUUCCUAACUUCCCAUUUUCCAGAUUUCCUGGUGGAGGUGUAGGACUAAGUUGAGGUGUGCCGGGGGCGCCCCUGACCCUCACCCCAGGUGCCCGGGAGAGGACGACCUUCCCGCCUACAAAGCAGCGGCCCGCAAAGAGCGCCACCUUGUGGCAGGUUGCUCUAGCCCGUGGCUGCCACCCGGGUCGGCAAAGGGGCUUUGGGGGAGUUGAGACCGUAACAUGCCAAAAAGUGGGAGGUCGGGGGGGAAAAGCAAGGGCUUCUGAUAAAAUACUCACUGGCAGCACAGGCUGGCCACAAGCCAAAGAAAGACCAGGAAGCUGGGAAUUUGCACUGAAAAGACUGAAAGUGUUAUUUUAUUUAUGUAUUUUUAAAUAGGUAGCCCUUGUCCGUGGCCUGCUAUUUUUUUAAAAGAAUACAAAAUGGAUACAAUGAAAAGUCUGAACCCUUUGGUUCAAUGAAAACUUCUGAACCCUUCUGCAAGUAUUUAAGCAGUUCCGUAUGAUUUAUUCUUCUCCCCUUUUUAAAUGUGCGGUGACACAUUCCACACACUGUUCUGCUCUUACCCUUUUAAAAUCUGUUCUGGGGAGCUUUCCAUCAUCAGUGCUCCCCUCCCCUUGUUGUUUUCACAGCUAGUGGUGUUCCAUUGUAUAGCUUUCCCACAACUCCUGUUCACUCACUGCGAUUAGAUCCCUUACUGAUGUAACUGUGUUUCUACGACUUUGAUAUUACGAGGGACACUGCAGUAAAUAUCCUUGUGCAAUAAAUACCACGCCCAUGCCACUCUGGCCAUUCAGGUGUCCUGUAGGGUGACUUUCUGGAAGCGACAUUGCUGCGUCAGAGUGGCCGUGUUUGUUCUUGUGAGAGCUCCUGUCAAAUGCUGAGCUGUGUUUUCCCCAUAGAGCAAAUCCUAAAUCGGCCUGCAGGGCCAUGGGGAGGAUUGAAAAUCCUGUAAUAUACAAAAUGCAACAACACGGAGGAGCCUCAGAGAUCGAAUACUGAACUCAAACAGCAAAUCGCAUGAAACUACGCACAGUACGGUUGCAUUUUCAAAAGCUCAAAAAAACCAGCAAAAGGAAAGCAUUUACUGUCUGGUGGGACAGGCACAUGUGAUAAAACCCUAUUCGAUCAGGGGAAGAAAAAGUACAAAAUUCAAGACGAUGGUCUCGGAGAGGAGAGUAGAGGAGUGAUGAGGAAGGACCCCAGGAGUGUGCAAGGGUUUUGGUCAAAUCUUGGUUCUCAGGUUGGGUUGUGGGUUCGUGGGCAUUCGAUGUAUGUCAGUCCCUAACUCAGACAAGAUGCCACACAUCCUUUUGUAUGUAUCAAACACUAUGUAAUAAAAUGUAAGUUUAAAUAUAAUCCCUCAAAAAAUAAAACCUUGUAUUGGGUUAAAAAAAACAAAACAAAAAAAAGCCAAGAUCAUCUUUUCCUAGAUUAUGAAAUCAGCAUUGUGAGUAGAACUACAGGCAGAUCUCUCUCUCUCUCUAGUUUCUUCUAUUGUUUUUUUUUUUUUUAAGAUUUUAUUUAUCUAUUUGAGAGAGAGAGAGUGAGAGACAGAGAGCACGAGAGGGAAGAGGGUCAGAGGGAGAAGCAGACCCCCCGCCGAGCAGGGAGCCCGAUGCGGGACUCGAUCCCGGGACUCCAGGACCAUGACCUGAGCCGAAGGCAGUCGCCCAACCAACUGAGCCACCCAGGCGCCCUCUUCUAUUGUUUUUUAAGACAGCUUUAUUGAGGGGGGACUGGCUGGCUCAGUCAGAGGAGUAUGCAACUCUUGAUUUCAGCGGUGUGAGUUUGAGCCCCAUGUUGGGUGUAGAGAUUACUUAAAAAUAAAAACUGAGGGGCAUCUGGGUGGCUCGGUUGGACGGUUGCCUUCGACUUAGGUCAUGGUCCCAGGAUCCUGGGAUCGAGCCCCCCAUCAGGCUCCCUGCUCAGCGGAGAGCCUGCUUCUCCCUCUCCCUCUGCCUGCUUGUGCUCUCUGUCAAAUAAAUAAAAAUCUUUUUUUAAAAAAUGAAAAUAAAAAAUAAAAACUGAGGGGCGCCUGGGUGGCUUAGUCAGUUAAGCAUCUGCCUUCAGUUCAGGUCAUGAUCCCGGGGUCCUUGCUCAGGGGGGAGCCUGCUUCUCCCUCUGCCUGCCGCUCCCCCUGCUUGUGUGCUCUCUCUCUCUCUGGCAAAUAAAUACAUCUUUAAAAAAAGAUGAUAUUAGAAAAAAACAUAUCUUAAAGGGGCACCUGGGCGGCAUAGUUGGUUAAGCGUCGACUCUUGGUUUUGGCUCAAGUUGUGAUCUCAGGGUCGUGAGACUGAGCCCUGGGUCAGGUCAGGCUCUGUGCUCAGCAGGGAAUCCGCUUGAGUUUCUCUCUCUUCCUCUCUGCUCCUCCCCCCGCAUGCGCGUGCACACGCUCUCUUUCUCUCUCAGAGAAAUUUUUAAUAAAAGUGAAAUCUUAAAAAAACAGCUUUAUUGAAGGAAAAUUGGCAUCCAAUACACUGCAUGUAUUGAAAAUGUACUAUCUGAUGACGACACAUGUAUACACCCGGGAAGCCACACCCACGCCGUUUCCCCUGCCCCUUUGUAAUCAUCCCUCCUGCUCCUCAUAGUAUCCCCUGAACUGCUUUCCAUCACUAUAGAAGAAUUCGCAUUUUUCAGAACUUACAUAAAUAGAAUCGUACAGUGUGCACUUUUUCCUCUGCCUCUUUCACUGAGCAGAUUAUCUGAGAUUCACCCAUGUUGUUGCAUGUGUUCAUAGCCGUUCUUUUUCAUUUCCAAGUACUAUUCCAUUUCAUAGAUGUACCACAGUUUGGCUAGUCACCUGUUGGACAUUUGGGCUAUUUCCAGUUUUGGACUAUUACAAAUAAAACUGCUAUGAACAUU